UCGUCAGGGAUGUGUGUGUGCGGGUGAAGGGUGUGUGAGUGUGAUUUUGUGUGUGUGUGUGUGUGUGUGUGUGUUUGAGCAGUGGUUAUUACAGCUGUGAUGAUAUAUGAACACAAGAAGAGAGGAAGGAAAGAAAGGACAGAGGGAGGAAAGCGGUGUUGAAGGGUGGAUGUGGAUGUGGAUUAACAUCGCUGCAAACAAAAAAAAAAUCAGUCAUUUCCUCUGAGCUGCAGAAAUCUGAGAGGACAACAGAAGCUUCAUCAUUCCAUCUUUGUUCCUGCAGAGGAAGGAUUGAAGGAGGGAAGGAAGGAGAGAAGGAGGACUGAAAGGGUAAAGGAAGGAGGAUCAAAGGGGGGAAGUAAGGAGGACUGAAGGAAGAAAGGAAGGAGAAUCGAAGGAGGGCAGGAGGGAGAAAGGGAGGCAUAGGAGAGAUGGAGGUAGUCUGAGUCCUUGCUGGUCCUCAGGUCAUUAGGGAGUCAUGACAUCACAGGAGGAGGCAUCUUCAUUCAGGAGGUUUUUUCAAUAUGUGGAGGACAGUGGUCUUCGAAUAUACGAUGGUCUGGUGAUCCAAAAUGCCUCCGACAUUGCUAGAGAGAGUGACCGCAUUCGCAACCAGACCAACUGGACCUACAUGCAUGAAAAACACCAGAAGAAAAGACGGCAGGAAGAAAGUAUCAAGAGGAUUGGUGAGGAUGUUGCUGCAGCCUCAGAUGGGGCAUACUCUGGGAAACACUUCAGGAUGGGUUUCAUGACGAUGCCAGCUCCACAGGACCGACUGCCCCCACCCAGUCAGGGCUUCACUGUCAGAUCCCAGUCCCUCCACUCAGUGGGUGGAGGAGAAGAUGAAUCCCACCACAGUCGCAAACAGCCCCCACCCAAACCUAAGAGAGAUCCCAACACCAAACUGAGCAGCAGCUCCGAAACUGUGGAUGGGGGUGGAGUUAGUAGGAGAGACCACCAAGAGACCAAAGAGAAGCCAGAACAGGCUGAAGCUCAGUGUUUCCUCCACUCUGAAGAUGCGUCCAAGAAGAUGCCUCCACCUAAACCUAAGAGGAACCCCAACACUCAGCUCAGCACCUCCUUUGAUGAAUGCUACAUUCGUUACCAUGGCAACAAGAAAUCGUCCUUGCAGUGGGACAAAUCUUCAUCCCAAAGUCAGAGUCCAGCAUCCAGAGACACAGACGAUGAGGAGCCAGUUUACAUUGAGAUGGUGGGAAACAUCCUGCGAGGGUUAAAAGGUCAGGAAGCCGUGGACGAUGAGCAGAAUGAAUCGGUGUACGAGGAGAUGAAGUACCCACUGUUGGAGGACUUCCUGCAGGAUACACAUGCUGCCAUCAUUGACCCUGAAGCUUGGUCAUCCCGUGGCUCACUCUGUGACAUCCCUCCACCUUUCCCUAAUCUCCUGACUCACCGCCCACCGCUGCUUGUCUUCCCACCCGCCCCCGCUCAGUGCUCCCCAAACUCUGAUGAGUCCCCCCUCACCCCUUUGGACGUCACCAGGCUUCCCAUGUUAGAUAAUGUGUCCUAUAGCAAGUCAGGUGGUGUUGAACAGCCGCAGAGCUCCACUCACCACCGAAAAGAACGGGAUCGGGACAUACCCUCCACUCACACCAUCACAUCUUCAGGUCGCUCCUCAGCUCCGCCUCUCCCCUCCAGCCUCUACAAGUCAUCCAGCACCACACACGGUGGUCAUGGUUACCCCCGCAGCCAGUCAGCAUGCCCAUCUCCUGUCAGCAUGGGGCGCUCCCUAACGCCUCUGAGCCUGAAGAGGCCACCACCAUACGACACUUUGAUGGCAGGAGGAAGUAUGCCUCGCUCUUCAUCUUCAUCUUCAUCAUCCUCACACAGGGCAGGGGAAGGAGGGCCUAAGCUCAGUAACUCCUCCACCCAUGGUUCCAUGCAAAACGUGUCAAUGAGGUCACAAACUCCAACAAGUCCACUGGACGAACUCAACAACCUGUUUACAUCAGGUAGACAGGUGAUGAAGAGGGGGUCAGGAGGGAGGAAGAGCAGGGAGGGUGAAGGAGACAGCAGGUCCAGACAUGACAGUAAAGACAGAGAUGGACAGUCGAGUCCAGUUUCCAGCAGGAUGGGGAGGUCAUCUGUCAGCCCCACCAUGAUGCUAUCAGGAGGAGGAGAGCCAAGGUCUGCAUGUAAACUUGGCCGUUCAGCCUCAACAUCAGGAGUUCCUUCACCAGGUGGGACACCACAUCGUCACCUGCAUGAGCCGCAUCACCUCGCCCUUAGCCAGAUGCCAUGGCUGUGCGGUGACGCCACCAUGAUGGAGAUGAUUGAGAAAAAGAGAGUUUUAUGUCGAGAGAUCAAAGCUCGUCAACGGCCAGAUAAGAAUCUGUGCAAACAGGACAGUAUGCCUAUCCUGCCCAGCUGGAAGAGGAAGCAGCCGCCGCCAUAUUCGGCUCCACCCACCGCUGCCGGGCACGCCGCCACUGUGUUCUGGGACACCGCCAUCUGAAAGACAAAUACUCACACCAUGAUAAUGAUCACCCUCCACUGAACACUUUAACAUGAUCAGAAUAUGUUUUUCACUCAUUGUUUUAUUGAGAAUAUCAACAGAUCCACUGCUGACAGUCAUCUGACUGAACUUCUCUCUGCCCCUCUGAGUAUUUUCACAUUUAUAAAUGAAAUGAAGUUAUAAUGAUUCUAAGCUUCUUUGCUCCCUAAAGUCCUAAUUUACUUUCUGUCAAUCCUGUUUGAGCUGACAGGAAAAACUGAAACUUUCAGACCAAAAGAAAAAAUCAAAAGGCAUGAACCAGAAAAGAUAUUUCAUCAAAGAAAUCAGUGAACUGUUCAAAAUACUACAUAUACGUGUUUUGUUAUCAAAGAAAAUUUCAGCCAAUUAAUGACUAUCUUGAGAUGUAUUACCUUAAGUUUUAAAAAGAGCAAACAAAUAUCAUGCUGACUCACAAAUGGACCUGAUGUGGGGCCAAACCUGAAGGUCUGUCCACCACCAGAGAAAUCAAUUAAUAUUUUAAUCUGGACAUGGGUCAGUAAUACACACACACACACACACACACACACACACACACACACACACAGCCUUUCAAUAACUGUUAAGACCCCCAAAGUUUAACUGACAGGAAAAGUCAGGUAGACAAAUACUCACUGUCUGAAUCAGUGUUUUAAAAAGGGAAAAAAGUACCAUGAGUAAGAUGUCAUAUGGAUGAUUUAUUAUGUGUUCACAUAAAAGGGGUGAAAUUCCUCAUUGCUCUGAAUUUUAGCUCUGUUAGUGGGUUAACAGCUCUGUCUGUGGGUUAACAGGAAGUUGCCCCUGAAGUUAUCAGAUAAGCUAGUCACCUUGUACGCAGUACAGCACACCUUCAAAUCAUCCCAAUUAAUGAGGACUUCAAAUGUCCUGACUGCAAUGGUUUAAAGUUGAUUCCACAGACACACACACACACACACACGCAAAUGCACACUCAUGCAGGUGUUUUCCUGCCAUCCAAUCACAGUCCAGGGAGGCGUGGUCAUCCAAGUGUAGCAUCGCUUUCUGUCGUCUUUCUACUUGUUAUUUUUCUAUCUGUAAAUGAUUCAGAUGGGUUUUUUUAAAGUCUGACAGUUGUGUAGCAGAAAAAAUUAUUUAUAAACUGUGUAAA